UUGGGUUCUGUUAGAUCUGCAUUCACCUGCCUUUUUAGGAUUCCUGACGACUGCUUGAAAAAGUGUAGAGUAAUCGGUUUGAAUGCUUCAAAUGUUUAUAGAUGGGAAAUCGAAGCUAGCGAUGUAGCAUUAUUUUUUUACAUUGAUCAAAAUGCUUUAUGGACGACAAGUGAAUUUGAUGCAUCAUAUUUUGAAAAAAAUCGUCGAUUGACUAUUUUGGCUUAUGAUUAUGAGGGUCGGAAACGUGCAGCAACAUUUUUUAUUCGUCCAGUAUUAGCAGUUUUACCAGCAACAAGGGGUGCAACUACCUAUAUUAAAAUUGGUAGGAGUACAGCUGUCGGAACUAAAAUUACCACCAUUGGACGAGAAGAACGCGAUGUGUUCUGGAGCCUCCAAAAUCAGACUGACAAAUUUGUGCUUCAUGAAGCGUCGUCAUCGUUAUACAUCUCAACCAGCCUUAUUGACAGUGAUGAAACGUCAUUUAUCCUCAACAUUAUAAGAACAAUUGCUCCAGAGUAUACAAUAGAAAAAUAUCCUGUAUUUGUUGAGGUAGUUUCUGAGAACAUUCACCAUCCCGAAUUCGAAGAGUGUCCUAUAAUAAUCACCAUUUCUGAGAAAACUCUUGUUGGUUCCCAAAUUGCGAAAGUUCGAGCUAUCGAUUACGAUGAGGGGCCAGACGGUGACGUGGUUUACCACUUGGUGGGCAACGAAGAAAUGUUUUCGGUUGAUCCUAACACUGGAGAUUUGUUUGUCAGUCGACCUCUGAACAGAAGUUUGAUUCCACGAACUUUUUUGGUAGUUGAAGCAAGGGAUCGUGCAGUGAAAGCGAAACAGCAGAAAUAUUCACGAUGCAUAGUUUUUGUCAAUAUUAACGAUACAAACAAUAAUGCUCCUUUUUUUCUGAGUGACUCUACGAUACAUAUCAAAGAAAAUGGCUGUAUAACAGGAGUUAUUCAUCACGUUGUUGCAAAGGACGUCGAUGAGGGUGAUAACGGCCAAAUUGUUUACUCCGUGGUCGACAGCUCACUGAACGACGCUUUUGAGAUCAAUCAAACAACAGGCGCUUUAACAGUGAAAGACUGUCUCUCAGAAACUGCUUCCGUACGUAUCCGAGCUGCAGACCAAGGGAGUAAACCGAAUAUAGCCGAACAAAACUUAACGGUUGUUGUUACUCCAAACAAGAACUUCUGGAAGUUUUUUAUCAACAAACACUACCAUUUUGAAGUUAUGAAAGACAUUCCCAUUGCCGGCGAUUUGAGAGAGCUAAAGCUUUUUUCUAAUUUCAUCAGCGAGAAGGAAGUAUUUGAAAUAAGUAAUACCGGGAAAAUCCAAACAGUCGCUUUGCUGACAGCUUCUUCUUACGAUUUUGUCGUGAUAGCUGUCAGUAAUGAAAAUCAAAGUGACUGGGCCAGUAUUCGUAUCACAGUCUCCAAAAAUGGUUCGGAUUUCCCAAGAAUUGCAUCCACUUCAUGUGGUAAUCUAACAAUUCGCGAAAAUCUUGUGAUACCAAAUUUGGCACAAAUUUUUAUCGUCUCAGACAACCUCGAAGAAAAUCUUCAGUAUAAGAUUGUUGCUGGUAAUGAGAGGAACUUGUUCACGAUCAAUCACACAACAGGCCUCGUUUCAUGUGUACCGCUGGAUCGCGAAUAUAAAAGCGAGCAUUUUCUUGUGGUUGUUGUAGAAAAACAAGGUUUAAUGACUCAAGCGGAUACUUGUACGCUGAGAGUUAAAGUAAGAGAUGAGAAUGACAAUCCGCCGAACAUCACUAGUAUCGUUCCUGACUUGAUCAGAAUCACAGACGACACAAAAGUUGGCAGCGUUGUUGCCAAGGUUAAUGUAAUAGAUGAAGAUGAAGGAGAAAACAGUCAAGUAUAUUUUAGUUUAAUUGAGGAUGCGUCCGGGAUGUUCGACGUCAAUUCGGAAACCGGUGACAUUAUUUUUGCCAGGGAUCUAAAGACGAUACACAAUGAAUUUGUUUUGAAAAUUAGAGCACUGAAUUUGGGUUCCUCAUUACCACUUUUUGAUGACGCCAUUGUUCGUACACUUCUGCAUCGGCGAAAACCUGAGCAAGCUCAUGAACCGUCGUUUUUAAGUCAACGUUAUAUUGGGUUUGUGUUUGAAGGCGCCCCGAAAGGCGAAACCGCUUUAAAGAAUGAACAAUUUAAGGUUAGUAGCACUGAUCGAAUAAUAGGAGAUGCACCGCUUGUUUACAGUAUUGUCAGUGGCAACGUAGACAAUGUAUUUGAGAUUGACGAUAGCGGAUCUAUACGAACAAGGCAAGAACUCGACCGUGAAAUUCAAGCUGAAUAUAACUUGAAAAUUAUUGGUCAUGGUGAAUAUAAAACAUCGCCAGUAACUACUGCAUAUAUCAGAGUCUUAAACGUGAACGAUAAUGCGCCACUGAUAAGAAAAAUGCGACCAUAUCAUGUUUUAGAAUCAGUACCAGUAGGCACUGUAAUAGGAAAGGUGAUCGCUACUGAUGUUGAUGUUGACAGUUAUAUCGAGUACUCAAUUGCUCGCAACAAGUUUUUUGACAUCAAUAGGUUUUCUGGCGUCAUUCACACAAAAAACAAACUAGACUACGAAACUUCUUCACGUCACGAAUUAAAAAUCCAGUACACUGUGGCUUUGCAGGCAUACGACGGUGUGCAUAGUACUACAAGUACGUUUGUUGUUGAGGUUAUUGAUGAGAAUGAUAAUGCACCACAUUUUGAAAAGAACUUUUAUGACGUAGCAGUAGAAAAAAAUUUGCCGGUAGGCAGGCGGAUUGCUGCCGUUGCAGCCAGAGAUAUGGACUUUGGUAGCAAUGGAAUGAUAUCAUACAACUUCUCAAGAUACAGCAAUCUUUUCCAAAUUAACAGCUCAGAUGGUAUACUUCUCUAUGAUGUUCAAGCAUUUGAUCACGGUAUUCCACCUUUAAGUUCAGCAGUUACUGUCAGAAUACGUGUAAUCGACAACGUCAUGUCGUAUAUUCCAACAGACGAUAACCGUUUCAGCUUUGUUAUACCUGAGGAUAUGCCAGCAUACGUAACUUUUGGUUACCUGAAAAUUCCUGGAACUUCUGAAGUUUUGAUUGAUUACCAAAUAACAGACAAUCUCGGCGGUUCAGUAUUUGAUGUCGAUUCUAACGGGGCACUAAUGUUGAGACGUUCAGUGGAUAGGGAAACAGUUGCUGAAUACAAAUUUUCAGUAAGUGAUAUGAUAUUUUUGGCUAAAAUUCUAGCUGGUUUUUUUCGCGUGGAAGCUUCUUCGAAGUUUUCAUUGGGGAGAACAAAAGCGAAUGUGGAAGUACGAAUAACUGACGUUAACGAUAAUACCCCAUUUUUUGCACCCCAUUCUAAGAGUGUGCUUGUUUCAGAAAAUAUGAAAGCAAACGAUGUACUGAUGAGGUUUACAGCUUCUGAUGCAGACUUGAACAAUACAGUUCUUUAUGAAUUAGUUGCUGGUAAUGAGUUUGAAAUGUUUCGACUUGAUCAGGCUACUGGAUUAUUAUAUUUUGCUAAGUGGAGUGAAGAAGCACUCAGAGAGCAGAAGAAAUUUCCUGACCUAUUUAUUGUUGCUUAUGACAAUGGAGAACCUCCAAAGUGGAAUAUGACUUCUGUAUCUGUCGUAUUUGAUAUUGAUGCUUGGUCUGGAAGUGCACCAUUUUUCAUAGUUCCAUAUUACCAAAAAAGUGUUUUUGAAAAUCUUGCUGCUGGCGAAAUUGUUCUGAAACCGAGGGCUGUAAAUCGAAUUGGGAUACAUGGAAGCAGUUGGGAAUAUACGUUAAAAAAUAAUGAUGAGAUUUUUUAUUGUAACCGUUCUACUGGUGAUAUUAAAAUUCGAGCAAAAUUAGAUUAUGAAACAAGAACGUCUUAUGAAUUUUCACUGAUAGUUCGCGAUCGAAUUUCACGAUCUGCUGUUGUGCCAAUACGGGUUAAUGUGCUUGGAAUAGACGAAUAUCCCCCAACAUUUACCAAGAAAUCAUUUGUUUUUCGGAUUCCUAACACUGCGCAGGCUGGUGAACGAGUUGGAAUUAUUACAGCAACCGACCGGGAUUCUGGAAUUGAUGGUGUCGUUAGAUAUUUCUUCGAAAAUAAGAGUGUACAUUACCUUACCAUCGAUCCGGAAACAGGACAGGCGUUUCUUGAGAAAAGUUUGGUAGGUUGGAAUCAUUCUACUGACGAAAUUACUGUGGUUGCCAGUUCAGGAACACUCCACUCGAAAACCAAGUUGCUUAUUGAGAUUGGCGACUUUAGUGAAGACUCCAAAAUGUCAACCGGCGCUUUGGCUGAUACGUCGUUUGUAACUGUUAUUUCAAUCCUUCUUUUGCUAAUUUUUGCAUCUGCUGUGGCAUUUCUAGUUUUCAAAAUGCGAAAACGUAUUGAAGAAGAAAAACAGCCGCAAAAACAGGUAUACAGCAUAAGUCGUGGUAACGUUGCUGUAAUGGCCGACAUCUAUCGUAGAUCACCAAAGUUCACAUAUGAACGACAAACUAUGCCGCUGCCAGCACCACCGAAUAUGGGAGAACAGACGGUAUUGCCUGCUGAAGAAAGCGCAUAUGGUGAAGAAUCUGCAAGACUUCAAAAUAGAAAUGUAAACGAGCAGUUGCGUAAAUUGGAAAGUACUAUUAUUGGUAGAUCAAUGCCUCGAUCUAUGCCCGAUUCCGGCAUUGAACCUGAUUCUAUAUCUUUAACAUCGUCAGUUACUGAUUACCUAACACAAAUCGGUGUCACACACAAUCAGCUGUUUGAUCAAAACACCGAUGAACGUCUCAGUGGUCGUGAAUCAUUAUCUGUUAACCACCCCUAUUCUGACAAAGAAAUAAAUGAACUUAUUUACGCUAAAGUUGAUGAGAUUCUUAGCCCUGCAAGUCGAAUCAACUCCGCUACUCCAGUAUCAUUCAGUGUGCCUUCCUUUAGCGUAGGUUCACUUUCGCAACUUUCUUUCUUCUUUUUUUUGUGA